AUGAAGGACUCUGGGCAUGAAAGAAGUCCUGCUGGAGAGAAACCCUAUGAAUAUACACAAUGGGAUAAAGCCUUCAAAUAUCACAGUCAUCUUCAAAAGCUUGAAAGAAACCAAACUGAAGACAGACACUCUGAAGUCUUUCAACAUAGUAAAGUGCUUGCGUGUCAAAGUACUCUCCAAAUAAAUAAAAGAACAGGUACUGGAGAGAAACCCUACAAAUGUAAUGAAUGUGAUAAAGCCUUUUUAAAGCUCAAGUAUCUUCGAGCACAUGAAAGAACACAUACUGGAGAGAAACUCUAUGAAUGUAAUCAAUGUGGUAAAGCCUUUGUACAUCCCAGCUAUCUUCGAAUGCAUGAAAGAACACAUACUGGAGAGAAACCUUACCAAUGUAAUCAAUGUGGUAAAGCCUUUGCACUAAGGAGUCAUCUUCAAAGACAUAAAGUAGUACAUACUGGAGUGAGACCCUACAUAUGUAAUCAGUGUAAUAAAGCCUAUCCACGCCAGGGUUGUCUCCGAAAACAUGAAAGAACACAUACUGGAGAGAAACCUUACCAAUGUAAUCAAUGUGGUAAAGCCUUUACACUAAGGAGUCAGCUUCAAAGCUAUAAAGUAGUACAUACUGGAGUGAGACCCUACAUAUGUAAGCAGUGUAAUAAAGCCUAUCCACACCAGAGUACUCUCAGAAAACAUGAAAGAACACAUACUGGAGAGAAACUUUAUAUAUGUAAUAGUGUGAUAAAGCCUAUUCACACCAGAGUAAUCUCCAAAUACAUGAAAGAACACAUAAUGGAGCUAAACCUUAUAUAUGCAAUCUGUGUGAUAAAGCCUAUUCACAACAGAGUUGUUUCCAAAUACAUGAAAAAACACAUACUGGUGAGAAACCCUAUAAAUGUAAUCAGUGUGAUAAAGGUUUUGCACAGCUCAGGUACCUUUGAGCACAUGAAAGAACACAUACUCAAGAGAAAACCUACAAAUGUAAUCAAUGUGGUAAAUCCUUUGCAUAGCUCACCUAUCUUCGAGUACAUGAAAGAAGACAUACUGGAGAGAAACCCUAUAAAUGUAAUCAAUGUGGUAAAGCCUUUUUACAACCCAGCUAUCUUCGAAUGCAUGAAAGAACACAUACUGGAGAGAAACCUUACCAAUGUAAUGAAUGUGAUAAAGCCUUUUUACAGCUCAGGUAUCUUAGAUUACAUGAAAGAAGACAUAGUGGAGAGAAACCCUAUGAAUGUAAUCAAUGUGGUAAAGCCUUUUUACAUCCCAGCUAUCUUCGAAUGCAUGAAAGAACACAUACUGGAGAGAAACCCUAUGAAUGUAGUCAAUGUGGUAAACCCUUUUUGCAACCUCACUAUCUUCGAAAACAUGAAAAAACACAUAAUUGGAGAGAAACCUUACAAAUGUGAUCAAUGUGCUAAGGCCCUUACACAAAGCAGUCAUCUUAAAACCCAUAAAGUAAUAUAUACUGGAGGGAGACUCUAAAUAUGUAAUCAGUGUGAUGAAGCCUAUUCACACCGGAGUUAUCUUCUAAUACAUGAAAGAACACAUACUGGAGAGAAACCUUAUAAAUGUAAUCAGUGUAGGAAGUCAUUUUUAUCUCACAGUCAUCAUCAAGCUGAUGAAAGAAUUUAUACUGGAUAGAAACUCUACAAAUGUAAUGAAUGUGAUAAAGCUUUUUCACAGCCCAAGUAUCUUCGAAUACAUGAAAGAACACAUACGGGAGAGAAACCUUACCAAUAUAAUCAGUGUGACAAACCCUUUGCACAAGGCAAUAAUCUCAAAGUACAUACAAGAAUGCAUAUUGGAAAGAUCCCUAUGAAUGUAAUCAAUGUGGUAAAGCCUUUGCAUAUGACUAAUCUUUUGGGAUGCAUCAAAGAACAGAUACUGGAAAGAAAGAUUACCAACAUAAUCAAUGUGGUAAAGCCUUUGCAGAAAGCAGUCAUCUUCAAACCCGUAACAUACUACAUACUGGAGAGACUCUGCAAAUGUAAUCAGUGUGAUAAUGCCUCUUCACAAGAGAGUGGUCUCCAAAUACAUAAAAGGAAACAUUCUGUAGAGAUACCUUAGAAAUGUAGUCAAUGUGAUGAAGCCUAUUCACAGCACAAUGGUCUUACCUACAAUAACUGAUACUGGAGAGAAACCCUAUGAAUGUAAGGGAUUUGGUAAAGCCUUUGCACACUACAAUACGCUCCAAUAACAUAAAAACGACCAUACUGAAGAAACUCUAUGAAUGUAAUCACGGGGUGAAGCAUUUAAACGUCACAGUAGUCUCUA